AUGUCGACCCCCUACGAUCCUCUAGCUCCUAAGUUUGAUGCUAGUGAACCCAUCAAGACACGCGGCUCGAAAUACAUCAAAUAUGUCCUAGAGAAUCAAUCCUACAAGCGCUUCGACGCGACAGCAAUCCGACAAUGCGAGCUGCUGGAUGCACAGGCGCGGGCGCCCAAGGCGGCGGACCGUACGCUACCGCUGGCGACGACGGCGUGGAAGGUGUUCGUGCCGGAGGAGCUGACGAACGCGGGCGGAGCGCUGCAUGGCGGUGCGGUAGCGACGCUGUUCGACAUGUUGACGUCCUUUACCAUCUCGUGUGCUGAAGACGUCGAGGGCACCGGAUGGGAAGUGAACAACGUCAGCCGCACGCUCAACUGCUCGUACCUCAAGCCCAUCAUGCAGGGAGAGUACAUGCGCGUCGAGUGCGAGGUCACGGCGCUGGGCAAGCGCAACGGCCUGUGCCGCGGCGUCAUGCGCAAAUGGAAUAAGGAGCGCGAGGAUGGCGCCGGCGGCGAUGUGUGCUACACGUGCGAGCAUGGAAAGGUCAACACUGGCAUUGCGGCUUCCAAGCUCUGA